GUCUGCAGUGAACCAGGAAGAACUAAGAUCCUGUGGAAAAUAUCGUCGCAGAGGUGGUCAUAACGUUUCCAGAAUUACAAAACUGUGAUCGGGCAGCAAAAAGGGAACAAAUAAACCUUUGCAUUCUGAAAAAAAAUGUUGAGGUCUGUUUGGAAUUUCUUCACUUCAGAUCCUAAUCAUGAAGACAGAAGGGAAACACAUGCUCGAGAACAGGAACCUCAAGAAAAGAAGAGUAUUGAUACCAUUCAAGAGAAAACAGUCCCACAGAGCAAAGUAUCAGGGACAUCACACCAUUCCACUAUAGCUGCUCUUAGUGUUAAUGUUGCUGAAGAUGUGAGGAAAGCAAACAUUAAAAAACAAGUAAGAGAGUCGCUAGGAGGCAACAAUAUUCACCUGCAACAAUAUGAUAAGCAGGAAGAAGACAACAAGUGUGGAGCUGGAGGACAGAAAUCUGAACACUCUGAAGACAAGGACAAGAUCAAACAGCAACUGAAGCAGCUUUUCCGUAGACUCAAUCUGAGUCCUGUCCAAAUGAAACCACAAGACUUUCUGCAGGUGACAUCACCAUCAAUGCAGAGACACGAACCUUGUGAAGAGGAGAACUUGGUUCAGACCUUCAUACAAAGACUCUUGAUGAUGGAUUACAGAGCAAGAUACCUUCCAAUAAAAGAAAGACAACAUAAGGUGAACACACAAAGGAAAACAGGUUCAGGUGCAGGGGAGGGUGAUGCUUUUGAGAACAUCUUCAGGAGGUCUGCACCCGUUGAAGAAGUGAAUAAACAGCAUUCGCUUCACCCAAUGGACAUUCAGAUGGCAGCGCUACUCCAUUCAGAUCCUUUCCUUCGUCAGCUUAUGGUAACAAAACUGUCACAGUGUCAGUAUGCUCUUCCUCUGCUUGUGCCCAGUCCUUUCAACCAAAAGAUUGAGUUUCCCUUAUGGACCUUCCGACAAAUCAGGAAAAGCUGGAAGUCAUAUGAGAAGAACAUCAGCAGAAACCAGGGAAUCCAUGAGGCCGAGACGCCCAUGGUUGCAUUCUUUAGGUUUUCAGCAAUCUCUACUUCCAAAUCACAAAUUAUAAACUCUCUGAUCAAUGAACGACAUGAGACUUUCUUUCACAGACACUGCCGUGGAAGUAGCAAAUCUUGUGUACUGAUGGAUGGAGUGGUUGAGAUCGCAUGGUACUGCCCAACAGGAGAGAAGACGGAUAAAUUCACAAAUUGUAUUGCAUUCUGUAAUCUUCACGGUGAUGCACAAUCUAAUGAGACACAGAUGAAAAUUCUGUCUGAGGAGUCCUCGAUAAAUGUUGUGCUUUUGCCUGAUCUAGAUAAGAGUGACAAAAGUAUGACAAUUGUGGAACAGCUGUACAACAACCCAAAGCCUCUCAUCUGUCUACUGACUGAAGACGAAUCUGUUGUUACAGAGAUGCGAAAAGACAAAUAUAAAAUCGGUUUAAAAGACAGAAAUAAAUCUGAUGUGUCCGAAGAACUGAGAAGAUCCAUCAAUAAAUGCCUCUCAAACACAAAGUCCAAUUUUAAACUUUCUGAUAUUGUCAAACAAUCUGGAAUCAAAAUAGACGAGACUGAUAGAUGUUGCAAAAAGGGAAAUGAAAUGGCAAAGCAGAUAACUGCGUUACUAGAGAACAGCAAACUCUCCAAAAUUAAAGAAACAUUUCUGCCAUGUCAGGGGAAAUUGUGGCACAAGUGGUGCCUGAAGAACAAAGAGCUAUAUCGACCUCAAGGGAACAAUAUUGAAAUGCAUAGCAGCCAAAAGCAAAUGGAGAUGUGUAAGAUCAGAGAACAGCAGAGGGAACGUGGUCUAAGUACAUUCAUGAAGUUGUUUAUUGAAAAGCUUGACUCGGCAAAUGCUAAUGAGAAGAUGUAUUUCCUCAAAUGGCUUGGAUUCUUCUUGGAUGAACAUACUUUGGGAGACCUCUCCGCACUUCAUCUUAAAUAUGACGACAAGUGGUCAAAAGUGUUGCAUUUGAAAAAGAAACAUGAUAAAUCUGAGCAACUGAAAGAAGAACAAACACAACUUGAGGAAAUGUCGGAAGAAAUCAAUGCAGCAACGUUUGGCUUGGAGCACUUGCUAAGAGAAAUUGGCCAGAUCUAUGAAUCGCAUGAAUCGGGCAAGAAAAACAAAGAAACAGCUGGAUGUCCGUUUAAUGUGAGCUCUCUCCCAAGACUUGCAGCAGAGCUCAUGGUAUCUGGAUAUCCUAUGGAGCUGAUGGACGGUGAUGCAGCUCAUGUUCCUAUGAUCUGGGUUAAAGCUGUUCAAGAUGAGCUUAUUAAGAUACUGGGAGAUAAAAGAGUCUUUGUGUUGUCUGUGUUGGGGAUUCAGAGUACUGGGAAAUCCACUUUGCUGAAUGCCAUGUUCGGACUGCAGUUUGCAGUCAGUGCUGGUAGAUGCACCAGAGGAGCCUUCAUGCAGCUUGUCAAGGUGUCUGAAGAACUGAAAAAACAUUUUAAAUUUGAAUACCUUCUAAUUGUUGAUACCGAGGGGCUUCGUGCUCUAGAACUGGCUGGCAGGUCAACAAGACAUCAUGACAACGAAAUGGCAACGUUUGUGGUCGGCCUUGGACAUAUGACGUUGAUCAACAUCUUUGGGGAGAAUCCAGCAGAGAUGCAGGACAUCCUUCAGAUUGUUGUUCAAGCCUUUCUGAGGAUGAAAAAGGUACGACUGAACCCCAGAUGUAUGUUUGUGCAUCAGAAUGUUGGAGAUAUCACAGCUGGUGAGAAGAACAUGGUAGGGAAAAGACGCUUACAAGAGAAACUAGAUGAGAUGACUCAGUUAGCAGCCAAAGAGGAAGUCUGUGAUGCAGAAUGUUUCAGUGAUGUCAUUAAAUUUGAUAUAAAGACCGAUGUAAGGUAUUUUGCCCAACUCUGGGAGGGCAGCCCACCCAUGGCUCCACCCAAUCCACGCUACAGUGAAAAUGUCCAGGAGCUUAAGGACGCUAUACUCUCACACGCUUCGAAGUGUAAUGGUAUAACACUUACACAAUUCAGAGAUCGUGUUGGAGACCUCUGGAAUGCUCUUCUGAAUGAAAACUUUGUUUUUAGCUUCAAGAAUACUUUAGAGAUUGUAAUGUACAGGAAAUUAGAGGAGGAGUAUGCAAAGUGGACUUGGAGUCUCAGGAGUGCCAUGCUGGAGAUUGAAGACAAAUUUCACAACAGAAUUAACAACAGACAACUGCGUAAAGUUGAGAGUAGAGACCUGGAGCAGGAGAUGGCAAAGGUCAAUGAGGAGGUGAAAGAGUCUAUGAAGGUUUACUUUGAAGAACAUAAAGAGAAAGACAUUUUGAUUCAAUGGAGAAUGAAAUUUCAAGAAAAAAUUGAGCAUCUGCAUGGAGAUCUUGUGAGAGAUGCAAAAAGGAAGCUGGAUAACAUCAGUCACCAAAGGGAAGCUCUCUCCAAACUUGAUGGGCAGAAAACAUUACAUGAGCGAAAACUGCUUGACAAAAGCAAAGAGCUUGGGUUCAGUCUUAAACAAAAACAUCUAGAUGAGAAUGAGAUGAAGACAGAAUUUGAUCAAGUGUGGGUAAAGUGGGUGUCCGAGCUGGCUGGGGAUAUUCGCCCUUUGGAAGAAGUUAACAUAGUCAAUGAUAUAUUUACAAUUCUGGGUGAAAUUCAUGAAGUUGCACUUGUGCGCAAGAGAUUAAGCAAAUUUGAAAGCAUAAAUCAAAUGACUGAUUUCACCAUAUAUGUAAAUCCCAUUAAAAAAUUUGGGAUUCGUUCAACUCAGACAUUUGUCCUUCCACCAGAAGAACAAGAGUCAGUAAAAAAUCUGGUGCAAAGUAUUGUUCGUGGAACUGAGAACCAAGUUAAGUCGAAAUCAGUUGCAAAGAUGGGUUACAACAAAAGCUACAUUCAGGAAAUCACACAAUUGGUAAAAACAAAUGUUGGAAAACACAAGUGCCUUCACAAACAAUAUGAAUUCAAGAAAGAGUUCACAGUGGAUUUGACACUGUUUAUGUGCAAGUUGGCAGGUGAGAGAUUUGCACAACUCCAUCAAUUGUUCAUAGAAGCCAAUGAUCCAUUGAUAUAUCUGGAGAAAAAGAAACCAGAAUACUUUAAUGUCUUUCAAGGGUUCUGCAGAGGUGCAACAUCUGCCGCAGUUUUUGGCGCCUUGAUUUGUAGUGAACUCAAAGAACCCAUUCUACAAAGCGUCUACAACAAGACUGCAAAAGAUCUGGCAGGAGAGAUGCGGACAAAUAUUCCAGCUUUCACAGGCAACAGGUCAAACUUGGAGAAACACAUUCUGAAAAAACUUGCAGAGGAGGAGGACUUUGACAGCUUCAUGGAGUACAUUCUUUACCCUAGAGACCACUUUGAAGAGUUUAUUAAAGAUGAAGUUCAAGCAUACAUAACAAGACCGAAUUCCUCUGCGCUUGCAAUGAUAAAAGUGAACAUUAAACACAAGGAGAAUUGCAUUAUCAUUGCUGCUGAAACAGCAACAGCUGAAGUCUUGAGUAAACGAUGGGAUGCAAAUAUGUGGCUUGACGUUUUUUCAUGCCAUUUGAACGAUGAGCUUGAAUACAGUAAAGAGCAUCUCACUGGUAACUGCUGUCAGGACAUCACUGACUUUGAACUUCUGAAUGAGAUCGUGAAGAAAGAACUUCGUCUCAUCACAGAGGAGCUGAACAAAGGCUUGACAAACCCAUCUGAAAUCAAAAUGACAAUGUUUAGAAAACCCCCAGAUGAAAUUUUGAUUGAGAAUUUCUGUCAGUGCUGUUGGGUGAUAUGUCCUUUCUGUAAAGUGGUCUGUGUUAACACAAUGGCAGACCAUCCUGGAGAUCAUAUUGCUCCCUUUCAUCGAAACUGUGGGAUGAAUGGGAUGAUUUACAGAGGUACCAAUAAUCUAAGCUUGAGUUUCUGCACAUCUGCAGUGGCCAGUGACCGUUCCUUUUACCCAUCUUGUAAUCCAGAUAGAAGAGUUCUGUGGAAGGAGUACAGAACAGCAGGUCCUAAAUAUUCAACCUGGUGCAUCACACCUGAUCUCUCAGAGCUGCCGUACUGGAAGUGGUUUGUGUGUCAAUUUCAGGAUGAUUUGGAAAGUCACUAUAGUAGGACAUUCAAGGGGAAUGGUACGAUUCCAGACAAUUGGCGGUACUUCACAAAAGAGGAUGCUCUUGAAUGUUUGAAUAAAUACAUAUAAAGUGAAGAGUAGAAGUUUUUUGUGUUGAAUAUUUUUGUAUAUAUUUUUUGUAGUAGAGUAGGUGGGGCGAGACCGUGGUUCGAGUCCGGUGAGUAAUUGUGAAUUAGCGCCAGCUGUGCGCACACCGGGCUCGAAUCACGUAGGAGAUGGGAGCAUAAAAGGAACGAGCGACCGGACCGUCGAAGAGAGAGGACCGGGCCCGAACUUGUGUUAUGUUUGUAUUUAUAUUAUGUUUUGUUCGCCGGCGGUCGUCCGUGAGGGGCCGCCGGCUGUUAUAUUACUUUAUUAAAUGUUUUGAAUGUU